AUGAUGCAUUUCAAAAGUGGCCUAGAGUUAACGGAGUUGCAGAACAUGACGGUGCCCGAAGAUGACAACAUCAGCAACGAGUCUAAUGACUUCACUGAAGUAGAGAAUGGCCAGAUAAAUAGCAAGUUCAUCUCUGACCGUGAAAGCAGAAGAAGUCUCACCAACAGUCAUUUGGAGAAAAGGAAAUGUGAUGAAUAUAUUCCAGGAACGACCUCCCUGAGCAUGUCUGUCUUUAACCUGAGCAACGCCAUUAUGGGCAGUGGGAUUUUGGGACUCGCCUUUGCCCUGGCCAACACUGGAAUCCUCCUUUUCCUGAUACUUCUGACAUCGGUGACAUUGCUGUCUAUAUAUUCAAUAAACCUACUAUUGAUCUGUUCCAAGGAAACAGGUUGCAUGGUUUAUGAAAAGCUGGGAGAACAAGUCUUUGGCACCACGGGAAAGCUGGUGAUUUUUGGAGCCACCUCUCUACAGAACACUGGCGCGAUGCUGAGCUACCUCUUCAUAGUAAAAAAUGAACUUCCUUCUGCCAUAAAAUUCCUCAUGGGAAAGGAGGAGGAAUUUUUAGACUGGUACGUCUUAGAUGGCCGCGUCCUGGUUGUGUUGGUUACCUGCUGCAUAAUUCUCCCACUAUGUCUCUUGAAGAACCUAGGGUACCUUGGCUACACUAGUGGAUUUUCCUUGAGCUGCAUGGUUUUUUUCCUAAUAGUGGUUAUCUACAAGAAAUUUCAAAUCUCAUGCAUGAGUAUAGAACAAAACUCAACAAUAAGUGCCAAUGUCACUGACAUGUGUACGCCAAAAUACGUCACCUUCAACUCAAAGACGGUGUAUGCUUUACCAACCAUUGCAUUUGCGUUUGUCUGCCACCCAUCUGUCCUGCCAAUCUACAGCGAGCUCAAAGACCGAUCACAGAAAAAAAUGCAGAUGGUUUCCAAUAUUUCCUUCUUCGCCAUGUUUGUCAUGUACUUCCUGACCGCCAUCUUUGGGUACUUGACAUUUUAUGAAAAGUUGCAGCCAGACCUCCUUCACAAGUACCAGGGCCAAAAUGACAUUCUCAUCCUGACUGUGCAGCUGGCUGUCAUCGUGGCUGUUAUCCUCACUGUGCCGGUGUUAUUCUUCACAGUCCGUUCAUCAUUAUUUGAACUGACCAAGAAGACCAAGUUCCACUUAUGCCGCCACGUCUUGGUGACCAUCAUACUUUUGCUGAUUAUCGACUUGUUGGUGAUCUUUAUUCCAUCCAUGAAGGAUAUUUUUGGCGUCGUAGGAGUGACGUCUGCUAACAUGCUCAUUUUCAUUCUUCCAUCAUCUCUUUAUUUAAAAAUCACAAACCAGGAUGCAGACAAAGGCACUCAAAGAAUUUGGGCCGCCCUCUUCUUGGCACUGGGGGUGUUGUUCUCCUUGAUCAGCAUCCCACUGGUCAUCUACGACUGGGCUUGCUCAUCCAGCAGUGACGAAGGCCACUGA